AUGCUGGUCGACAACCGGUUCAGCAAGGUGCGCACCCACCCCGGCUUCCCCGAGCUCUCUCAGGGCGCCAAGGCGGCCAUUGAGGGGCGUGAGCCCACUUUUGUGGACAUGGAUCCCCCGGAGCACACGCGCUUCAGGGGCAUGUUUGAGGACGCAUUCAGCCACGACGCCGUUGAGGCGAUGCGCCCCCAAAUCGCGGCCACUGUUGACCGCCUGAUCGACGAAAUGGAGGCGGCCAAGGCCAAGGCUGGAGGUGGUGGUGGCGACGGCUCCCCCUUCUCCAUUGACCUGCAGGAGGCAUUCUCCAUGCCCCUGGCCUUCGGCACCAUCUACACCAUUCUCGGCAUCCCACAGGAGGCACGCGCACGCACGCGCGCGCGGGGGCCGACACACCUGGCAGCGGGAGCGGCUCUGGCAGCCUGCCACUGA